AUGACAAUUCUAAUCAGAAUCGCUUCUCCCAUUCACUCCUCUUCUCUCAAUCACUCCUCUUCUCCCACUCACUCCUCUUCUCCCACUCACUCCUCUUCUCUCAAUCCCUCCUCUUCUCCCACUCACUCCUCCUCUCCCACUCACUCCUCUUCUCCCACUCACUCCUCUUCUCCCACUCACACCUCUUCUCCCACUCACCCCUCUUCUCCCACUCACCCCUCUUCUCCCACUCACUCCUAUUCUCCCACUCACCCCUCUUCUCCCACUCACCCCUCUUCUUCCACUCACUCUUCUCCCACUCACUCCUCCUCUCCCACUCACUCCUCUUCUCCCACUCACCCCUCUUCUCCCACUCACUCCUCUUCUCCCACUCACUCCUCUUCUCCCACUCACACCUCUUCUCCCAUUCACUCCUCUUCUCCCACCCACUCCCACUCCCUCUUCCCCAUACAUCCCCCUCUAUCUCCCCUCGCGGCGCCUAUAUAA